AUGGCGUCGCUCCGGCCUCCGUCGAGCCCCAGCCCGGGACCCAGCCCGUCCCCCGUCGGCAACGGCAAGCCCCCCAACUCGCGCGCAUCCAUGGGGCCCUCCGCCCGCGGCACCAGCGGCUCCCAGGCGUUCAACCUCGCCUCGCCGCGCCCCGGCGGCGGCGCGUCAGGGGGCAGGCCGACCAGCGAGCUCCUGGGCAGCGCCGGCAUGUUCCAGACCCCGGAAGCGGAGGCAAUCGAUCAGUGGUUCGAAAAUCUCCAAAAUUAUGAAGUCACGCUGGAGGAGAUGGCUGCCGCCUCUCUCGAUGUCAAUUUCAAAGAAGAAUUGAGCGCCAUUGAACAAUGGUUCAAGGUCCUUUCUGAAGCCGAGCGCACAGCCGCUCUUUACAGUCUUUUGCAACAUUCUACUCAGGUCCAGAUCCGAUUCUUCAUCACCGUCCUGCAACAAAUGGCCAGGUCGGACCCGAUGACAGCCCUCUUGAGCCCCGCCGUCGGCGGCUCGAUGCAGAGCCAGAUGGAGGCCAAGCUCGCCAGCAUGAACCUCAAGUCGCCCGGGCUCAAGUCCCCGAUGCCGAGCUCGCCCUCCGCGCGCACCUUCAGCGCCGGCGCAGCCGCGAACAGGCAGUCGCUCGCGUUCGACACUUCCUCCACGGGCGCGUCUGCGUUCCUCUCGCCCGAGUCCGCGAACACGCUCAGCGCCGCGGGCGCGGCGUCCGCUGCCAACGACGCGGCGGCGACGCUCGCGCAGCAGCGCGCGAAGCUCAAGGCGAGCAACGCCGCGCACCGCAUCUCCGCGCCGGCGCUCGCGUCGAGCGGGGACCGCGGCGUGUGGGGCAACGGCUCGAGCGCGCUCGGGCAGGUCGCGGAGCGCGCGGGCUCGCCGACGCAGGAGAUCGUGCUCGACCCCGGCAAGGGCUCGCGCCCGCAGAGCACCGACUUUACGGGGCUCGCGGCGGGCGCGGCGUUCCGCUCACCGCGGCCCGAGGGCAUGGACGCGCUGUCGCCGAUGAUCGGGGAUAGCUGGGCGAGCAUGGUGAACACGCCCGUCAUGCCGAUGUUCGCGAAGAGCACGGCGAGCCAGGGGCAGAACCUCGAGGUUGCGGCGGCGAAGCUGAGCGACUGGAACGGGACGCGGGUGCCGGUCAUGGAGGACCCGAAGAAGUUCCGCAGGGCGUCCAAGGGGACGUCGGGCAGCGACGCAGCGGGUCAGAACAACAGCGUGUACGGCGACGACGGAAAUUUAGUCAUGGGGGGCCAGCAGCAGCCUGGCCCGAUCCAGCAACAACAGCAGCAACAACAACAACACCAUCAGCAGCAGCUUUUGAUGCAACAGUCACAGCGCAAUGCGCCUGGCGGCCUGAGGAACGUCAGCGGGGGUGGCAAUAACGGAUUCGGAGCUGGAGGCUGGAACGGGGCGCGGAGCCCGGCGCUCUCCAAUGUAUCUUCGGGCAGGUUCGGGAGCGACGACGGCGGGAUGGCGGGGCUCGGGAUGGGCGGGUUCAACCUCGGCCUGGGCAGCCCCGGGCUGGGGAUGGGCAUGCCCAACGCAAACGGACUCGGCAUGGCGGGCCUCGCGGGGAUGGGCCAGCUCAACCCGUUCAACAUGAACAUGAACAUGCUCAACAUGGCGAACCUCACCGCGAUGGGCAUCUCUCCCGAGGCGCAGCUGCUCGCGGCGCAGAUGGCCGCGAGCGGGUUCGGCCAGCCGAAUCUCGGCGCGUUCGUCGGGCUGCAGCAGCAGCACCAGGCGAUGAACAGCCGCGGCGUGCGCGGGCUCGGCGGUGGGCGGUCGCCCGGGCUCAAGUCGAACAUGGGCCGGGACAGCAACAGCGUUGGCGGCGGCGGCGGCGGGAAGAAGGAUGAGGAGGACGUGGAUCCUUCGGUGCUGACGGACGUGCCGGGGUGGCUGCGGUCGCUGCGGCUGCACAAGUACACGCCGAACUUUGAAGGGAUGCACUGGCAGGACAUGGUCGUGAUGGACGAGGCGGCGCUGGAGGCGAAGGGCGUCGCUGCCCUGGGGGCGCGACGCAAGAUGCUCAAGACGUUCGAGGCGGUCCGCAAAAAAAUGGGCAUCGAGGCGCCCGCGGGCGCGUCGAGCGAGUCGUCGGCUUGAUUUUUGCACGGCGAGAGGCCGGCGGCGCUGCUUUGGUGUUGUGGAGGCGACGACGCAUAAUGAGGAGGAGGAGAGUGUGCAGCUGGUCGUUGUCGCCGCCAUCGUGCCCGUCAUCUAAUGUUUGAUACAGAAUUUGGAUUCCCGGUUCCGCUUAUAGUGAUGUAUAGCCUCCCCUUCUCUGUUUCUGGUUGGUUUUUUGUCUCCCGCGUUUGCGUUCUCGUUUAUGUGUUUCUCGUAUUCUGCCUCGGAGACUCUGAUUAGUGGCGUUAUGGCUUCUGGACAGGUCUUCUACAUAUAUACACCACUCUCGUAUCGUAUUAUUUCGGGGCCUUGGCGGUUCCCGUGUCCCUAUGCAUCUUUCUUUUCACUGUUUUUGAGUAUGACGGGGUGUGCGCACUAGCAUUGUCGC